AGAUUUUUUUUUCUUAUGUGGCAUCGACUACUGUAACGUAACACCCGCUCCUUUAACCGCCACGUACUACGAGAACUCAGAAUAGAAGAACGCUGUUUUAAACUUGUUUUUUUGGUGUUGUUGCCACAAUUGUGCUUAAACACACCCUCAACCAGUGAAACCGUCCUAACGAAGGAGCUUCCACCUCACACAUUCAAUUUGCAGCGUGCGUUGAUUCGUUCUGCUCUCUUUUCUCUCUCCCAGAUAUUUACCACCGUUCAAUCAUGUCGCAGCGUGUGUCGGACGAGGAGCUGACGGCUCACAUCUACCUCUACCUGAAAGACGCCAAGUACACGAGCGCCGCCGCGGCGCUGGAAGAGGCGAAUCCAAAGGCCGUCAAGGCCGCUCGCGCCAUUGGCAUCUCCGCCCUGACGAUCGCUGCGAAAGCGGCGGCCCCGGCAGCCGUCAGCGACAGCGACGACGAGGAGCGCGUGAAGAAGCCCGCCUCCCGCAAGGCGUCGCCCAAGCCGGCUGCCAAGAAGGCGCCUGUCGCGGACUCGAGCUCCGACGACGACGAGCCCGUGCGCAAGCCCGCGCCGAAGAAGGCGCCCGUUGCCGAUUCCAGUGACAGCGAUGAUGAGCCGGUGAAGAAGCCGGCCGCGAAGAAGGCGUCCCCCAAGCCGUCGCCCAAGCAGGCAGCCAAGAAGGCCCCGGUGGUGGACUCCAGCGACAGCGACGACGAGGAGCGCGUGAAGAAGCCCGCCUCCCGCAAGGCGUCGCCCAAGCCGGCUGCCAAGAAGGCGCCUGUCGCGGACUCGAGCUCCGACGACGACGAGCCCGUGCGCAAGCCCGCGCCGAAGAAGGCGCCCGUUGCCGAUUCCAGUGACAGCGAUGAUGAGCCGGUGAAGAAGCCGGCCGCGAAGAAGGCGUCCCCCAAGCCGUCGCCCAAGCAGGCAGCCAAGAAGGCCCCGGUGGUGGACUCCAGCGACAGCGACGACGAGGAGGCACCCAAGAAGCCCGCCGCCAAGAAGGCGUCGCCCAAGCAGGCAGCCAAGAAGGCCCCGGUUGCCGAUUCGAGUUCCGACGAUGAUGAGCCCGUGAAGAAGCCGGCCUCCCGCAAGGCGUCGCCAAAGCCGGCGGCCAAGAAGGCGCCUGUCGCCGACUCCAGCUCUGACGACGACGAGCCGGUGAAAAAGCCUGCUGCGAAGAAGACUUCUCCAAAGGUGUCGCCCAAGCAGGCCCCGAAGAAGGCGGCGGCGGACAGUGACAGCUCCGACGACGACGAGCCCGUGAAGAAGCCGGUGGCCGCCAAGAAGGCAGCCAUGGUGAGCGACUCCGACGAUGACGACGAGGCGCCAGUGCAAAAGCGCUCCAAGCCCGCGGCGGCAGAGGAAGAUGACGAUGAUGAGCCGGUUCAUCAAGUGACCCGCACCGAGGCGCAGUCGAACUACGGGGGCUACGGCGGCCGCGGCGGUGACCGUGGCGGCUUCCGCGGCGGCCGUGGCGGAGACCGUGGCGGCUUCCGCGGAGGCGAUCGCGGAGGUUUCCGCGGCGGUGAUCGUGGCGGCUUCCGCGGUGGCGAUCGUGGCGGCUUCCGCGGUGGCGAUCGCGGUGGUUUCCGUGGCGGCGAUCGCGGUGGUUUCCGCGGUGGCGAUCGUGGCGGCUUCCGUGGCGGCGAUCGCGGUGGUUUCCGUGGCGGCGAUCGCGGUGGUUUCCGUGGCGGCGAUCGCGGUGGCUUCCGCGGUGGGCGCGGUGGCGAUCGUGGCGGGCGCGGCGGUGCGCCGCAGUUCGGUCCCCGCGCCCCCCUUCUCGGCUCGCAGAACCAGAGCGUCAAGCUGGGCAGCGACAGCGACUAA